AUGACUCGGAAGUUCGAUACUACGCUAGGGAAGAAGCCCAUAUCAUGGAAGCGCCUCAUGGCCUUGAAAGCUCUCGGAGAUGACCAGUUCGAGUCUUUAACGCCCGCUUGGCCCCCAGCCCCUCAUAAGAGAACCUUUGGUGGUCACGUCUACAGCCAGGCCGUUUGCGCUGCUGGCCAGACAGUCGAUCAUGGAUUUGUCGUACAUGUACAAACUGAUCUCUCUGUGAUACUGCAGCAAGUAACAGGUCACUUCAUUCUUCCAGGGGCGAUCGAUACUCCAUUUAUAUACCGAGUGAGGAGGAUCCGUGAUGGCGGCAACUAUUGCUUGAGAAGUGUGGAUGUCUUCCAAGAGUCCGAGGCUGCCGCAUUCGGGAAGACGCCAUGCUUUGUCACGACUAUCUCGUUCAAGCGGCCAGAGACAGGGUCUGGCAAGUGGAAGGAUUACAACCACCAGAGUUUACCUCGCGAUCAUAUUGCCACCACGUACCGAAGUGUUUUGAGUGGCAAGGCUUGCGAAGAUCAUCCACUGGCACCAGGAGCUGACGCCCUCUGGUGGGAGGAGGAAGAACAAGAGGCAUGGUCUCGCGCAGCCGCAGCGUUUCCUGGUGUUGAAACACGAAAAGUUGACAUGUGCAAGUACAAUGGGGAAGUGGAGGAAGGCGGCGACAAGGAUGGAGAAGGGGCGACUCGAUGGCGGCAACUUAUUUUGUACCGCAUAAUCCUCGACGAUGACGACGAAAACAUGAAUGCCACCACGACAGGAGUCCACAAAGCCUCGCAACCGAUCGACCUGAAUCUUCACGCCGCCGCCCAUCUCUACGCCUCCGACCGCAACUCCCUCUUCCUCAUCCAACACGCCGCAGGCUUCCAGAGGAUCCGCACGAACAUGGCUUCCCUGUCGCACACAGUCAUCUUCCACCAACCAGCAGAUUCACUGCGCAUGGUCGACGACCAGGGGAAGCCCAAGUGGUUCGUGCAGGAAUCGUGGACCACGUUCAGCGCGGAUAAGCGCGGUUGCCACAAUUCCUACCUGUGGGAUUUCGACCAAGGGGUGGUCCUCGCCACGACCAUUCAGGACGGCAUGAUGCGGUUCCCUAAUGCGGAUGUUGGUGAAGGACAGAAGAGUAUCUCAUCGACAACACCACCAUCUGCCGAGGGAACUGAGCCUUUGGAGGCUGCAAGAAGUAAGUUGUGA